AUCCAACGGUUCUCCAGCGCGCUGUCCGCGCGAUAAAAGCGCCGGCGCCUCCUCUCGCGUGGCCUCCCGAAGGUUCCAGACUCGAUUGGACGGAUCGGAGCAGCACUCCUCCACGGCUCCCCACCUACAGCCCUGACUGAUCCGGUCUCUCUUGAGUGGUUAAUCCUAGAUCAAUAUGAGAAGGGGCUACAGUUACAGCCCUUCACCACCAAGGGGCUACAGGAGAAGGGAGCGCAGCCCAAGCCCCCGUGAUUAUUAUGGUGGCCGUGGUAGGGAUCUCCCAACCAGUCUUCUGGUCAGGAAUCUCCGUCGGGACUGCAGGCCAGAAGACCUCCGUCGGCCAUUUGGACAAUUUGGUCGACUUAAAGAUAUAUAUCUUCCAAGAGAUUAUUACACUGGGGAGCCUCGAGGGUUUGGAUUUGUCCAGUAUUAUGAUCCUGAUGAUGCUGCUGAUGCAAAGUAUUAUAUGGAUGGGCAGGUAGUUCUUGGUAGGCAAAUAACAGUUGUUUUUGCAGAAGAGAACAGAAAGAAGCCUCAAGAGAUGAGAGCUAGAGAUAGAGUCAGGGGUCAUUCUUAUGAUCGGAGGUAUUCUCGCUCUAGGUCCCCUCGUUAUUAUAGAGGUGGCUCUCCUUCACGCAGCCGAAGCUACUCAAGGUCUCCUUCACCUCGGGAUCCAAAACACAGACUUAGAGAGAGGUCGUACUCCGGCUCACCUGUGGACAGCAUAUCAAGAAGUGGGAGCCCGUAUGAGGAUGGAUAUCCCAGAUCAUCACAAAGGGAGAGAUCUGUUUCUGUCAGCGGAUGAAGCAGUUUUACAGUCUAGAGCUACUGCUGUGAAUCUACGCAUGGUGGCCUACUUGUUAUGUCUUUCUGAACCAUAUAUAUUCUGUCUAGAUUAUCAUUCCCAGUACCAGAGAAGUAUCGUGAGACUGUUUGCUGUACUUAUUAGUCUUGAGGAUACAGAACGGGGGUCACCAAUUCUCAGUAGAUGGACUAUGACCACUAAGCUACGCCAGUGCCACUGCUUUGUGUAUUUAUAGAAUUAUAGGCAGUUUUGUGGUAUGAAUAAAAUUGGUUGGAUUGUGAAAGCUAAUUGGUAACUUUUUUAUGGAUCAUGAAACGAACGUUUUA